GCAGCACAAAUAGAGUCUGCCGUCAAUACCAGCAAAGAAGAAGAAGAAGCCAAAAGCGGAAGCAGUUACCUUGUGUCCUUGUGUGAGAGGCGACCGCGAACGGACUAUAAAUAUGAACAGGCACAUAUUUGCUCUCCACCAGGUGGCGCGGAGGACCUUCUCCAGCUGCGCGCGCAGGCAAGUCGAGAACAAAGUGCCGCAGAAACAGAAGAUGUUCCAGGAGGACAACGGGCUGCCCAUUCACCUAAAAGGAGGCCCCGGGGACGCCAUCCUGUACAGAACCACCAUGGUGCUCACCAUCCUGGGAGCUGGCUUCGUCGUCUACGAGCUGGUGAAGGCGGCGUUCCCUCAGAAGAAAUAACUCCGCCCCCUCAGCGGUUUAAUUCCAUUUCCACUUGAAUCCGUCGGCCAGCUGCUUAUAUCGUGUAAAAAAGAUGAAGAUUAGCCUCUGUGUCCUGUCAUGAGAUAUUUGGUCACGUUCAUGGGAUCAAUAUUUAUUCCUUGCGCUCUGUCUGAUGAUCUGAGGAUCAAUUAAAUAAAAACCUCAUGACUAAAA